AUGCAGCAAAGAAAUUCUUCAUUCACCGUGGAAAUAUUUCAACAAGAAGUUUUGGAUUACCUAUCGGAAAGUUUAAUGUUGAAGGAAAAACAUGGAUCGGAAGAAUCUAAAAAUUUACUUGUUAAUUCUCUGUUGAGACCUCCAUCCAUAUCAACCAUUCGAGUGAAUACUUAUCAUUAUAAAAAAGAUAUUGUUGUGGAUAGAAAAUGUGGAGAAGCUGUACUGAGAGGAGCUGAUGUAUUUGCUCCAGGAAUUUUGGGAAUUUCAAAAAAUUGUCAUUCUGGAUCUGAAAUUGCAAUUCUAUGUGAUAUUUCUUCUCAAACAAAGAAGGGAUUCAGAUUUGAAAAAACCAUUGAGGAAAUGAUACAAAUUGAUGAAAAUACCAAGUACCAGAAUUUCAUCUAUGUUGGAAAUGGAAUUUUGAAAAUGGACAGGACCAGUAUUUUCCAAGCCAAUGUAAAGGGAAUUGGAUUGGAGGUAACCCAACCAUUCUAUGAGACCUGCUCCUUGAAUGAAAUAUCUCAAACAUAUUACAAUGAAUUUUUCGCUCAAAAUAUUUGCUCCAUGGUGGUAGCUCACCUUUUGGAUCCAAAAAAGGGAGAAAAGAUUUUGGAUAUGUGUGCAUGUCCAGGUGGAAAAACUACACACAUUUCAAAUCUUAUGGAGAAUGAAGGUGAAUUGAUUUGUUGCGAUAGACAGAAAGGAAAGGUUGACCUAUUAAAGAAAUUGAGUGAAAAACUUGGUUAUUCAGUGAUGAAACCAACAGUCCUUGAUGGUACAAAGGCAACAAGAAGAGUUAACACUGAUUCUUCUGAAAAUCAAAAAUCAAAAAAGAGAAAGACCAAUGAAGAACAAGUAUUUUUAGAGGAGAAUUAUUUUGAUAGAGUAUUGGUGGAUGCACCAUGUUCUGGACUUGGACAAAGACCUACCCUCUCAUUUAAGGAAUUUUCAUUGGAUUCUCUCAAAAAGACAGCUGAAUAUCAACGAAAGAUUUUGGCAGAGGCUUUCAAGGUUUUAAAACCUGGUGGUAUUCUUGUCUUUUCCACAUGUACCAUCAGUCCAAUGGAGAAUGAAGAAAAUGUUUUGUGGAUGCUUGAAAAUUUCCACUCUAAAAUUGAGUUAUUGACACCCAACAUGACAGCUUUUGCCAGUGAAGGUCUUUCAUCCAUUAUUUCUGAUUCUUCAAUACGGAGUAAGGUCCUUCGAUUUGAUCCAGUAACAACUCCUGAAACUAUUGGGUUCUUUGCUUGCAAAUUCAAAAAACUUUCCAAUUAA